UUGUUGCCGACAACGGCGCCAACGAGCAAUCAUGACACUCGACUAGUAAGUCGUCACCUAGGGCACCGCUGCGUGACGGCCCACCCCCCAGGCCUUUUUGAACAGUCCUUCUAUAUUAUUGCUCUUUGCUUCCUCCUUCUCCCGCCCUCGUCGCUUCCACUCCCCGUUAGUCCCGCUCGUUUCCCAAGGGCGGGCUUCUCAUGCAGAGUAGUUUUGUUCGGUUCCAGGAUCCAGGGGGCCCGUAGCCAUUUUGGCUCAAGCCAUCCAGCUUCUCUCAAAGCAACUCGGCCUUCUCGAGGCCCCUCCUCGUUCGCGGUGAGCCGCGGAUCGGGCGGCUCAGGAGGAAGCGAUCAUGCUUGGUCAGUCUGCAUGGGUGGUGGCGCUGGCCUUCGCCUCGACCAUCUGGGGCAUCGCGCAGGCCGAGACUCUCCACGGCUCCGACGACGGCGUGGAUGACAGCGUCGAGCUCGUCGCCGACGGCACGCACGACGUGGACGACGCGCACGAGGGCCUCGAGCAGAUCGAUGGCAUCGAGCACGAGGCGCUCAAUGCCGAGCAGGUCGAGGGCAUCGAGCAGGAGGGCGGCGAGCACCAGUCGCUGAGCGCCGAGCAAAUGCUCGGCCUUCACAAGAAGAUGGACGCGAACGGCGACGGAAAGGUUUCCAUGGCGGAGCUCCUGGCCUUCUCGGACAGCACGCGGAGGCAGAUCUUGGAGAGGGAGUUGCAGGCCGUCCUGGAGGAGAUGGAUCUCGACAGGGACGGGAAGCUGAGCGUCCAAGAGCUCGUCAAGGACCUGGACUCGUGGGGAGGCGAAGACGUCAAGGAAGACGAGCACGAGGCCGCCACGAUGAAGGAGUUGGCGACCGCGAAGUUUGGUGCCGCAGACACGAGCAAGGACGGGCUCCUGGACAUCCACGAGCUGCCCGCCAUCUUCUACCCAGAGACCCACGAGGGCGUCCUGGACCUCACCGCCAGGCAGACGCUGCGAGAGAAAGACGGGGACGGCGAUGGCCUUCUCAGUCUGCAGGAGUUUUGGCGCGGCGGCGCCCCCUCAGAGGACGCCCUGGACCAGUACGGGGAGGAGCUGCUCGUCACCGAUGAUGAGCAGGAGGAGUUCCGAAAGAUGGACGCUGACCACAGUGGCAAGCUGGACCUGCAUGAGCUGAAGGCAUUCCAAUCUGGCAGGCUCCACACCGAGGAGGCCAUGAAGUCGUUGUUCGAGCUCGCCGACAGGGACAAAGACAUGCACGUGACCGCGGAGGAGCUCGGGGCUGCGCGGGAGCAGAUCGCUGGCAGCGAGGCCCACUACCCCUUCGCGGAGUGGGCGGACCACUUCGUUGACGACCUCUGAGCGCCUUCUUUUCUUUCCCCAGAGACCAAUUGGAGCUGUCUUCGACAAUUGUUGCAAUCGAGUUGGCACACCACUAGGGCUGGCCCCCCCAGGUCGCUGGAGUCAUUCCGGAAAGUCCAGAACCCGUCCAUGCAGUGCAUCCUUCCUCUAGGCUUGGUAGGCCCCCGUCUGUAGGUCCACAUGGUACACGGCAGGUCCUCGGUAGCUUUCAGAUUCAGGCACACCACCAAUGUUAGCCUAUGUUCGCACA